GCGAGAGAAGAAGAAGAAAACGAAGAAAAGAGAAACGAAGAUCAGAGAAGGCGUGAGUGCGCGGACGCUUAUCGGCGGUUUCAUUCAUCUUGUGUGUGUUUUGUCGGCUGCUGCUGCUCUGCGUUUGGCUUCGCUUACGUUGCCUGCGUUCGCCUUUACUCUAUUUUUUCUUCUUUGUCGGUGUACAUCCUCCUCAGUUAUCUUCGCUUUCUCAUGACCGUCAUUUCAGCCGGUGUGGUGAGCAAGCAAGGCCGCAUCGUGCUCGCGCGCCAGUUCACGGACAUUAGCCGCGUGCGGGUCGAAGGCCUCCUCUCCGCGUUUCCGCGUCUGCUUGACUCCUCGGUGAACAAGCAGGUGACCUACAUCGAUGCCGGCUCGGUCCGCUACGUCUACCAGCCCGUGGAGGACCUCUUCCUGGUGCUCGUGACCACCACCAAGAGCAACAUCGUCGAAGACCUCGAGACGCUGCACCUCAUGGGUCGGCUGCUGCCCGAGUACGUGCCCGAGGGCGUCACCGAGGCCAACCUGGAGCUGCGCGCCUUCGAGGUGUUCUUCGCGCUGGACGAGGUCGUCGUGUGCGGGAAGCGGGGGAACAGCACGGUGGAACAGAUCCGCACCUACCUCGAGAUGGACUCCUACGACGAGCGCAUGGCACUGGAGGAGAAGCAGCGGCAGAUGGAGGAGGCGCGGAAGAUUACCGCGGAGCACGCGCGCAAGAUGCGGGAGCGCAAGAUGGGCGGCGGCCCCACCGGUGGCGCGUACGGCGGCAUCAGCUCGGAGGACCCCAACUACGGCGGCUUCGGCGCCAGCAGCAGCUCCGGCGCCGCAGGCAGCAUGAGCAUGUACGCCGGCGGCGGUGCUGGCGGGGUGGACGGCACCUUCGCCGCGCCGGCCUCGUCCACCUCCAUGCCAGUCACCGCCGCUGCUGCCCCGCGCAGUGGCAUGAGUCUCGGUAAGGCCCGCAAGACCGACAUCAGCAGCAAAAUUCAGAAAGAAAUGGGUGUCACUGCGCUGUCCGUCCCACUCGCGGCCGGUGCGGGGCAGCAACCGCCGUCGAUGGACCUGCCGGUCACCGCCGCCGCCGCGGCACAAGAGGCGGUGAACAUCAUCAUCGAGGAGAAAAUGAGUGCCGCGCUGAGCCGCGACGGGGAGCCGGCGGCGGUCGACAUCAAGGGCGAGCUGACCGUCACAGUGACGGACCCCCAGUGCGACCACGUCAAGCUGAUGCUCACACCGGUCAGCGACGCCUUCACCUUCCGCGCGCACGCCAAGGUAAACAAGGCCCUCUUCGCUAGCGAUCAGGUGCUGACGAUGGCGGACGGCAAGGCGUUCCCGGUGCAGCAGCCGGUGACCAUUCUGCGCUGGCGGCAGUCAAGUGGAGCCUCAACGCCUGCCCCUAUCAACUUCACCUGCUGGCCGGAGCAGUCGAGCAUCACGAUCGAGUAUGAGCUGGCCGACCCGAGCACGCCGCCGCUGCGGCCUGUCCGCCUCGCCAUUCCCCUUUACGGGACGACGCCGCAGGCGGUGCAGCCGUCGUGCGGUACGUGUCAGGUGAUCGCCGGCGAGCAUGUGAUCUGGACGAUGGAUGUGGUGGAGGGCCACCAGAACGCCAGCGGUCAUAUCGAGAUCAGCGUAGACUCGGACCAGGGCUCCAACGGCGAGGAGCUCUUCUUCCCUGUGCAGGUGGCUCUCUCCUCGGAAAUCAGCGUGGCCCACGUUGGUGUGUCGGAGGUGGUGUCGACGCAGAACGGCCAAGCCGUGCGCUUCAGCCAGCAGUCUCGCCUUAUCACGGAUCACGUCUUCGUUCAGUGA